UUUUUAUACUAAAAUUAUUAUUUUCCAUCUCCUUCCUCAGCUUCCCAUCCCCACCCACCCCAAUCACGCGAUCCCUAACCCUAGUCGCCAUGGACCCCGAUGGCGACCCGGCGUUCCACCGGAACGAGGCCAUCUCCGCCGUGCAGGACGUCGACCAGUACUACGGCGAGGACGACGAUUUCGACGAGCUCUACAACGACGUCAACGUCGGCGACGGCUUCCUCCGCAACUCCCACCCGCCGCCCCAGCACGCCCCGCCCCCGCAGCAGAAUAACCACCAACAGCAGCAGCAGCAGCAGCAGCAGCUCCCUCCUCCGCCCGCGCAGCUGAACCACCACCAUCAGCCACAACAGCAGCAGCUCCCUCCUCCGCCUCUGCCGCAGCCGCAGCAGCUCCCGCCCCACCCUCUCCCGCCGCACGCCCCGCCCCAGCAGCAGGGGUACGCGCCUGCUGUGGCAGCGCCGAGUCCGAGUCAACCGCCGCCCCAGCCAAAUCUCCCGCCGCCGCCCGGGCCCGCCCCCGCGCCGCCUCAGCACCAUCAGAUCCAGCAGCGCGACGGGUUCCACCGGCCAGGAGGGAACUACAGCGGCGGUCCCGUCGUUGUCGCCAACGGAGCUGGCGUCGGCGGGGGCGAUGGCCCCGGUGGCACGACGCUGUUCGUGGGCGACCUCCACUGGUGGACCACCGACGCUGAUCUAGAGGCGGAGCUCAGCAAGUAUGGGCCGGUGAAAGAGGUCAGAUUCUUCGACGAGAAGGCCAGCGGCAAGUCCAAGGGGUACUGCCAGGUCGACUUCUACGACCCUGCCGCUGCCGCUGCCUGCAAGGAGGGCAUGAACGGCUACUCGUUCCAUGGCCGUCCGUGUGUUGUGGCGUUCGCGUCCCCCAACACUGUGCGCCGCAUGGGCGAGGCGCAGGUGAAGACCCAGCAGGCCUUGGCUGCACAGACAUCAUCAGUGCAACCAAAGGGUGGUAGUAGAGGUGGUGGUGGUGGUGCUAUGCCUCAUGCUGGUGGUAAUUACAGUGGUGGGCGUGGAGGAGGUGCUGUGUCCGGAGGCGGUGGUGGUGGGAACUGGGGUAGAGGUGGUGGUGGAGGUAGAGGCCCUGUUGGUAAUAUGAGGAACAACAGAAUGGGUCCUGCAGUUGGCCGUGGAAUUGGGAACGGCAUGGUUGCGCCACCACCCCCGAUGCUGCCUCAGGGGGGCAUGCUGGGGCAGGGGUUUGAUCCUGGUUUUGGCGCAAUGGGAAGGAUGGGUGGUGGGUUUGGUAACUUCCCUGUUGGACCAGGUGCUGGGCCGUUUCCUGGGAUGAUGCAGCCAUUUCCUCCUGUUGUUGCACCACAUGUAAACCCGGCCUUCUUUGGUCGCGGUGGGAUGGGGGCUGGUGGGGUGGGGAUGUGGCCUGAUCCUAGCAUGGGGGCUUGGGGUGCAGAAGAACAGUCAAAUUAUGGGGACGAUGCAGCAUCUGAUCAUCAGUAUGGGGAAGGGGGAAGCCAUGGGAAGGAGAGGCCACCAGAGAGGGAGUGGUCUGGUGCAUCAGAGAGGAGACGGGACAGAGAGAAAGAUAUGCCUCCUGAACAGGAGUGGUCAGAGAGGAGGCACCGGAAUGAGCAUGACAUGGGCCGAGAGAGGGAUCGUGACUAUGGCAGAGACAGAGAAAGAGACCGUGACAGAGAGAGAGACCGUGACAGAGAGAGGGACCGAGACAGGGAGAGGCAUAGGGAUGAUAGAGAUCGUUAUGGUGAUUAUCACAAGCACAGAGAUCGUGAUUCAGAGCGUAAUGAAAACUGGGACAGGGGGAGGUCAUCUGGGUUACGGAGCAGGUCGAGGGAGGCUGACCAUUCUAAACGUAGGCGGAUGACACCUCAAUAGUGUAGCUGGAUGAGCUACAUCUAGUCUAGAGGCAAUGAUGAUCUAGGGAAGCGUCUUUUUUGCAUCCAGGCAUUGUCCAGUAACAAACAACUGCUUACUACUUGUAGCUGUGAUGGUUUUCAAUGCUCCGGUGAUCUGUUGUAACAGUAAUCUGAGAUUGAGUUUGGAAGGUUUAUAUGUUUCAGAAAUGGGAACUGAAACACUUCGCUAUAUCGGCAUGUUGUGGUGUUAGUGUCACGAUAAACUACCAAUUUGUUUCAAAACCCUACUCGGCCAAUAAGACAAUAGCAGUUGGAAUUUGUUCUGGGCUACACAAAGAUCGUCUUCCCUGAAUGAUAGUUCUCUUAUUUUCAUAGAUCCUCAAAUAUCGAAAACAAAGACAUAAAAAUAUAUCGAGGUGUAGUGGUCACAGUUGUUGCUAGUUGAAAUAUCCAGUAUGCAAAUCUUCGUGUAAUAGGAUAGAUAUGCCAAAUUGUUUCUUAAAAACUACAUUGUGUUUACCAUUGCUUGCUUGUUCCUCUUUUGAUAAUGGACAAAUGGUUUUAUCAUUCCCUGUGAUAGAUUCAUGUGACGUUUAGAAUUGCAGCAGCAGUGAUUGUCAGGCCAAAGCCAA